AGGGUUACCACCCUCCCUCCCCACUCCUACGGAGAGGUCUGAAGUCAGCAGUUGUGAACAGUCUCCGUGCUGUUAAUGGUUUGCAUCUUUUUGCAUCAAAGGGUAAAAAUCACUUAAAAUCACUUAGGGACACGCACACAAUGAAAAGAUCACAUACAGUAACGCAUACAAGCAGGGAAAAAAAAAAAAAAAAAAAAAAAGGUUGUAAUGCUCAUGAAUUCCAGAUGACGACUUUUUAAAUCCCCGAGAAGGCGGUGAAAUUGUUUGAUUGUUCUUGUUAAUUAUUGGACUCGUCCCAGCAUCAAAUAUUUGCGGGAGAUAAGGCUUCCCUUACGAAUAACAACCCGCCUUGCUCCUCUCGGAUCAGCUCGUCUCGUCUCGGGGCGGUCCUGAAUUGCCCACUCGCGGCCAGCCGGCUUGCACCAGCACGUGGGGCAAGCCAAAAAAACAAAAGACCUCGGGGGUGGGCGGCUGGGGGGGGACGGGAUCCGGGGGUGGGCAACGGGGGGACCCCGAGCGGGGCCGGUCCCCGCGCGCCGGCAGCGCGCUGCCCGCCGCCUCUUUGAAGUACGGGGCGGAACGAGCGGCGGCCGAGAGGGACCAACGCGGCACCGCACGACCGCACACCCCACAGCCCGCCCCACACCCCGCACACCCCCCCCCCUCCCACCCCCCACAACCCACCCGUGAAGCCUCCGGGGGGCGACCGGCCGGGCCCCGGCUGGGCCAGCCCCGGGACGCGGCGGCGCUCUCCCGAGAUGGCGGACAGGAGGACAAGUAGAAGCUGAAGCACGUCCAUCCAAGAAGAGCAACUGUGAAUUAAGUCUCUACAAUCAAUGACAAUUCUGGCAUUGGAAACUGGAGCAAAAGCUACUUUUUCCAAGUGAUCGAGUUACCACAGUGUAAAGAUUUUCCAAGUUGCAACAGCCUGAGAGCAUCCCCACAGGAAGUUACGGCUCAGUUGGCACAUGGUAAACCAUGAAGCUGUGCCUUCCUCUUGCCGAUGACCGGGUUCCUGUUUGAUCCUGUUUACAAGCUUCCAAAGAUUGAAAAUAACCCCAACUCCUCUGCAUUGGUGUUGCAAGCAGAAGAAAAUAGAAAAAAGAGGAGCUGAGAAUUUAAACUGGGAGACUUGGCAGGGGACUAAUUCUGCAAGUGUUUAGGGUUCUCUAAUCCCCGUUGCAGCCGAGUCACAGGGCAGCACCUCAGGAGGGCCCUGUCCUUGCACGACCCACUGCCCAGUAUAUCCACUGGCUCUACUUCCCUGACAUGGCUGGCCCCUGGAUCAGGCCCUAAGCAUAUUGCUAAUUCAGAGGCAGCAGGUGUGUGAGCAACCCGCUGGAAAGAGGACCAAGUGUAGUUUGUGACAGAUUUGAGUGGAGAUGAUCCCAAGCUGAAAGUCAAAAUAGGAUCUUCGUUUCAGUUCACCGAGCGAUCUGGAAUUUUAUUCCAGUACCUAACACAGGAUGUCUUCCAAGCGACCAGCCUCUCCGUAUGGGGAAGCAGAUGGAGAGGUAGCCAUGGUGACAAGCAGACAGAAAGUGGGAGAAGAGGAGAGUGACGGGCUCCCAGCCUUUCACCUUCCCUUGCAUGUGAGUUUUCCCAACAAGCCUCACUCUGAGGAAUUUCAGCCAGUUUCUCUGCUGACGCAAGAGAACUGUGGCCAUAGGACUCCCACUUCUCAGCACAACACAAUGGAAGUUGAUGGCAAUAAAGUGAUGUCUUCAUUUGCCCCGCACAACUCAUCUACCUCACCCUUGAAGGCAGAAGAAGGUGGGCGUCAGAGUGGAGAGUCAUUGUCCAGCACAGCCCUGGGAACCCCUGAAAGGCGCAAAGGGAGCCUAGCGGAUGUUGUAGACACCCUUAAGCAAAGAAAAAUGGAAGAGCUCAUCAAAAAUGAGCCAGAAGAAACUCCCAGUAUUGAAAAGCUACUAUCAAAGGACUGGAAAGACAAGCUUCUUGCCAUGGGAUCAGGGAACUUUGGAGAAAUAAAAGGGACUCCAGAAAGCCUCGCUGAGAAAGAAAGGCAGCUCAUGGGUAUGAUCAAUCAGCUGACCAGUUUGCGAGAACAGCUGCUAGCAGCUCACGAUGAACAGAAAAAACUGGCUGCAUCACAGAUCGAGAAACAACGCCAACAAAUGGAGCUGGCUAAGCAGCAACAAGAACAGAUUGCAAGACAACAGCAGCAGCUCCUGCAGCAGCAACACAAAAUUAACCUUCUUCAGCAACAGAUCCAGCAGGUCCAGGGUCAGCUGCCUCCAUUAAUGAUUCCCGUAUUCCCGCCAGACCAACGAACCCUAGCAGCAGCUGCUCAGCAAGGAUUCCUUCUUCCUCCUGGUUUCAGCUACAAAGCGGGAUGCAGUGACCCCUACCCUGUUCAGCUGAUCCCGACUACCAUGGCAGCUGCUGCUGCAGCAACGCCGGGCUUAGGCCCACUCCAACUGCAGCAGUUGUAUGCUGCCCAACUUGCUGCAAUGCAAGUGUCUCCGGGAGGCAAGAUACCUGGCAUACCCCAGGGUAACCUUGGUGCUGCUGUAUCACCUACCAGCAUCCACACAGACAAGAGCACAAACAGCCCUCCACCCAAAAGCAAGGAUGAAGUGGCCCAGCCUCUGAACCUUUCAGCCAAACCCAAGACAUCUGAUGGCAAGUCUCCCACAUCACCCACCUCUCCUCAUAUGCCAACUCUGAGAAUAAGUAGCGGGGCCAGUUCACUAAAAUCCUCUGUGCCAGCAACAUUAGCUAGUCCUUCGGCCAGAGCUAACACAAUAGACAUCCUUUCUUCUAUCACAUCGUCAGGUUAUUUAAAUGACCAUGAUGCUGUUACCAAGGCAAUUCAGGAAGCCCGGCAGAUGAAGGAGCAACUUCGGAGAGAACAACAGGUGCUGGACGGGAAGGUGGCUGUUGUGAAUAGCCUGGGUCUCAAUAACUGCAGGACAGAAAAGGACAAAACAACACUGGAGACCCUGACUCAGCAGCUGGCAGUUAAGCAGAGUGAAGACGGGAAGUUUAGCCACACGAUGAUGGAUUUCAACAUGAGUGGAGAUUCUGAUGGAAGUGCAGGAGUUUCAGAAUCUAGAAUUUAUCGGGAAUCCAGAGGUCGUGGUAGUAAUGAGCCCCAUAUCAAGCGCCCAAUGAAUGCAUUCAUGGUGUGGGCUAAAGAUGAACGGAGGAAGAUACUUCAAGCCUUCCCUGACAUGCACAACUCCAAUAUCAGCAAGAUACUAGGAUCUCGCUGGAAAGCUAUGACAAACCUAGAGAAGCAGCCAUACUAUGAGGAACAGGCCCGACUCAGCAAACAGCACCUGGAGAAAUACCCAGACUACAAAUACAAGCCAAGGCCAAAGCGUACCUGCCUUGUAGAUGGCAAAAAAUUACGCAUUGGCGAGUACAAGGCUAUAAUGCGCAACAGACGCCAGGAGAUGAGGCAGUAUUUUAAUGUUGGGCAACAAGCACAGAUUCCCAUUGCCACCGCAGGCGUAGUUUAUCCAGGAGCUAUUGCCAUGGCAGGAAUGCCUUCCCCACACCUGCCCUCCGAGCACUCGAGCGUCUCCAGCAGCCCAGAGCCUGGGAUGCCCGUCAUCCAGAGCACUUACGGCAUCAAGGGCGAGGAGCCUCACAUCAAGGAAGAGAUGCAGACCGAGGACGUCAAUGGAGAAAUCUACGAUGAGUAUGAUGAGGAAGAGGAUGACCCCGAUGUUGACUAUGGCAGUGACAGUGAAAAUCACAUCGCGGGGCAAGCCAACUGAUCAGGGUCCAAAUAUCAUGUGACCUACAGGACUUCAAGGAGAAAAGAAAAAAUAAAUAAAGCCCCAUCUGGUUUAUCCUUGCCAGUGGCCAAGCACAUUAACUUUCUCAUACACUGACUGUUACUUUAACUGUUAGUCUUAACUAGUUGGGACAUCAGCUGACUAAUAGACAUCAGCCUGCAUCAGAAGAAAAAAGGCUCAGAAGAAAGGAAACAAAGACAACGACGACAACAACAGAAUGAUAUAAGCUAUGGGUAAAAUAAUGCCAGUAAUUCAGCUGCUAUACCCAAGCACUGAAGUCUUACCCGUCGACCUUUUAUUAUUAUUAUUAUUUUUUUCAAAUAAACUUUAUGGCUGUUUGUUCUACAAUGUUCUAGAAAUUCUCACUCAGGUACACAGUGCCAACAAGUGGCUUGUGAAUGUGUUUUGUUGUUUUGUGCUACAGUUUAAAGAGAAAUAAUUUUUUUUUUUUUUUUUGGUAAUGCACCUGACAGGAAAGAAAAAAAAAGACAAAAUUCCUUUUCCCCUUUUGUCUCCUCCUCCUCCUCCCUGGCACGUCUGGGUCAGAAGCGUGUGUGUGUGUGUGUGUGAGUGUGCAGGCGUGCAUGGCUGGCAAGGAAGGAAGUGGGGAGCCUGUUUCUGUUAACCCCAACAAGCAAUUAUUUCCUUUCAAGAGAGGACUUCUCUUCAUCAGUUGCACACCAUACUGAGUCUUUGAGCAAGUGCCAAAUUUGUACUACAGUGCUGAACUAGUCCAAUUGCUUUUUUUUUGUUUGGUCUCUGUUUUUGUUUUUCUUGGUUUCCUUUUGCUUCCUGCUCUGUCUCAAGUUAGGAAAGUGUUGUAUCUUAGACAAUCCCUUGAAGAACCUGAUAUACCAGCAGCUGGUGAGAUUAGACAUAUAUUUUUGCUUUUGGUUUUCAAAGGAAACUGUAGGUGCCAUUCUCAGGUGAAAAAAGAGAGAGAGAGAGAGAGAGAUAAGAAAUUUAGAGAAAAAAAUAUUUUAUGAUCUUGGAUUUUCAUGUGUGCGUGUAUAUGGUACUAAUAAGAAUAAUAUUGGACUAAGCAAAAAGCAUGUUCCAGAAUGAAAUCCCGCAACCUCCAAAGGACUUGGUCUGUAAGGAGCCUUUGCUUUUCAUUUACACUUCAAGUGGCAGCCUAUAGAAUGUAAAAAAAGGAUUGUCCAAAACAGGAUUUGUUCAGCACAGGAUAGGCAGCUGGAAAUGUUAACUCCUCACUGAGAAUAAUUAGGUUACCGUGAUGUCCAGUUUUAAUGAACUUGUACCUAUGGGGUUGUUGAGCACUGAUCUCCAAUUCAAAAGGCAGUUGUUGUGUUUAUUUAACUGGCAUUUUUUCUCCUUUGCACUUGCAGAAAUCCAUUUUUAUCAGUAGGAUGUUUGUGUAGGAAGGAAGACUAACAGCUAUGAAGAACUUUUCAUAUUCAGAAAAGGCAUGUAAGAACCCCAGCCUUGGCAGUGCUAAGUUUCCCUUGCUGCCUCUCACAAGUACAGAAGUCGUCUCCUGGACUGUAAUACUUCCAGUGUUGUUCUAGAACCCUUAGAUACAUUGUUUGCGCAGCUUUGCCUUCCUUGGGUAACAGCAACCAGGAUGAGGGAGGCAGAUUUACACAAGUGUAAUGCCGAGCAGAAGUUAGCCUACUGUAAUCUCAAUAACAUUCAACUGAAUGUUACACUUUAUUUCCGAAAAAGAAUAUAAAUACAAGUGAAUCACGGAGUCUCCUUUCAUCUCCUCACUGACAUUCCUCUAGAAAGAAAGGACCCAGGUUCAUGUAGCAAGACAGAAGCAUUAGAUCUAAACUAACCAACCAACCAAAACAACUACCUCUCAUUUCAAGCAGCAGCUGUCCAGUAGAUCCUCUCUGCCUUGAGAAGGAAAGUCUUAGGAUCGUACAGAGAAAAAAAGCCUUCCUCUGAAUCAGUUUUCUAACUGAGGAUGCCACCUUUGUGAGGCUCACUGGAAAAUCCCUGUUCCUAGAGACUCAUUGCAAGCAUUCACUUUAAUUUGUGUAUCUUUGUGCCAGCCAGAUCCCAGCCCAAAGGUUCACCAGAAGCAUGGUCUUCAGUACUUGGCAACACUGAUUUUGCAAAUGGUUCCUUAAUCAGGCAAAUUUAAACCUCAGAGCAAUCAACCCUUUACAUCUAAGUGCUGGGUGGAAAGGGCAGGUAGCAGGAGGGGCUGGGAAAGAGGAUGUGGGGUCUUCCUUUGCCUGCUGGAAUACCACUUGAAGUGUAACUUGACCUCUUCAGACCUUGUGCAAAGUAAACAAGCAAAUGCCAUUGAAGAGUUAGGACAGUACUCUGGUGAGCGGUUUGGACAUGUGAUAGUUUUACCCUGCAACAUCUGCUUUAUUUUUCUCCUUGUUUUCCCUUUUUGAUGUCCACCUCUGCCUCACAAAAAUUCUUUUCUAUUUUCUCUCUCUCAGAAGAUUUGCUCUGAAGUUAUGCUUGGAGUAGCUGAUCAUAUUUUAUGACAGUUUUUUUGUUUGGUUGGUUGGUUUUGUUUCUGUUUUUUGGUGUUUUUUUUUUUUUCAGUUGAACUGCCUCUUCUUCCUAGUGUUGUAAUGGUAAUUAUAAUAAUAAUAAUAAUGGUCAGCUGUUCCCAGAUUAGUAAAUUAUGUAUAAUUUAUUUUAUUCCCUCCUUACUUUUUUAACUUUAUUUUAUUCUGUUCUAAUUUGGCAGUGCAGCAAAUGAAGCUGUUAGGCUAUUUAAAAUGGAUACCCCUCCCCACCUUGCCUUUUUAUAUAUAUAUAAAUAUAUAUAUAUAUAUAUACAUAUGAAAACAAAUCACUUCUUCUUCUGCUCACACCAUUCCUUUUUCUGUUAUUUUAAUUUUGGCCCCAGCCAUGUCAACUUCUGAUGUUUAUUAUGAUGGAGUGAAUUAAUGGGAGUGUUGUUUUCAAUCUUAAUUAACUUCUGCUCUCUCAUCACUCAUUUUAGUUAUUUAAUUACACCAGUCAUCUAGAGCCAAUUUUUUUGAAGCACUCUGUUUGGAUAAGAAGGAAAAAAAGAAAAAAAAGGCAAUUGUUUUUAUAUCAUUAUUAUGUAAAAUGUGAAAACAGGUAUUUGCUCCUUUUUUUUUUAAAAAAAAAAAAAAAAAAGAAACUUUUAAAUUUGUUCCCUGUCUUUGUGAACAAAUUACUUCUGACUCUUGUGGGUUCACCUCACAUUUGCUGUAUGCUUGAUUUCCACCAUGUUAUAGAGACUCUCUGGUUUAAUUAUGUAAUGUUGGGCUACCAGAAUACUUUGUUUUAGCUCCAGGUAGGUGCCACCGCAGCAGGCAUGGUUGGAGCAAGUCCUGGGCAUGUGGGCUGGAAAGCCGGCCUUGAUGAAGUCGAUGGAGAAAAGGCUCCUUGACUUCAAUGGGACCGAAUUUUAGCCCUGUACUAUGUCAGUGCUGCAGGAGAUGCUCUGGAGGUGCUCUCGAGGUGGCCCCAUCCAGUCAGCAGGGUCCAUCCCAUGCCAGAGGGCAGCAGGACUGAGCUCUGCCCUCAUCACUUACUGCGUUCGCCUGGGCUAAGGCUCUGAUGAAGGCUGGGUUUGUUACCUGCACAUUUCCGUCUGAGAGACUGCGCUAGAGCCUAGGGUUUGGUCAGGCUGUUGGAAUGGGUAGCUGUAGCAAACUAUCUGCCUCCUGCAUCUGAAUGCUUAAACUGAUGCAGCAAUGAUGAAAUAGGGGGAAAAAAAAAAAAAAAAGGAAAAAAAAAAAGGAAAAAAAAAAAGGAAAGGGAAAAAAGAAAAAAAG